UUCACUGUUGAAUAGAAUUGUUGGCAAUUAAGUGUUAAUCACGUUACUGGUGUAAUUAUACACUCGGCAGUCAACUCAAGUCGUCACGCCGUCACGCCGUCAAGUCGUCAAGUCGUCAAGUCGGGCAGAGGAGCUGAUUAAAAGUGCACAUACAACGGCGGUAUAUGUAGCAGAAGUCGCGCAAAAAUCAAAUUCGAACGAGGCGGGCGGUGAAUUAGUGUGUGAGUCAACACGUUAAUACCGCAAAUAACGAAAUAACGAAAUAACGAAAUAAGUUGAGGCACAGAUAACAAUGUGAAAACAAAUAAAACGCACACCCACAGGAUUCACGCAAAUUGAUAAAGUUUACAUCCUGUUGCUUUGGUACUGCUGUGCCAGUGCCAAGAAGUUGGUGUGAAUGUGUUCAAGUGUUGCGAUAUAAUUAAAACAUGAGCACUCACAUAUUCUUAUCCACAGGACUGUCAAUACAAAUGCGUGUGGAUUUUAACAUACACAAAUAAGACAACCGGACCACCUUUAUGAAUGGACUUGAAUAACUUAGCGCCUGCCAUGGCAGACAUCAGCAUUCCUGUUUUAUUGUUUUGUGGACCCAGACAAUCAGAAGUGUCACUAAAUAUUCGCAGCAGCCGCAGUUCUCAACUCACCAGCGACUGGUGACUGUCACGUCUUCUGGAAGCCCAACUAACAUGAAAUCCAACAUUUUGUAGUCGUUACGUUGUCUCUGUUCUGUUGCUUUAUGAAUUGCAUGCAUUUUCAGCGCGACACCGUUGCGUCUAGUGACGCUACUCAGGAGCCUUAAUCCCCAUUGCAGCCAGCAAGCUUUAAAUGCCAAAGCAAAUCAACCGCAACGCAGUUACCGUUCCAGCAUAUAUUUUGCCUUUUGCCAUGCACAUUGGUGCCGAAGUAAUUAUCAGAGAUUGGAAUUUGCGAUCUGAGAAGGAAUGUGAAAUGGAAUACUUAUGAAAACUUUUUUAAAUAAGGUGUAAAUCAAAUCUGUAACAAAGAAAUCCAGAAGAAUACAAAUCAGAAACUAAUUUUUUAAAAUAUCUGACAGCAGUAGACAGUCGAAGGAGACUAACAAGUGCCUGCAUUAACAUUAAUAGCAUUAGUUGCACAUACUGUUUCAAUUAUUUAGCACUUAUGGCCUGAAACCAACUUUUUCCUGAUGAGCCAGUAAAUAAAAUUCAACGAUACUGUUUGCAAUCCCGGCAGACACUCGAAGAUAAUUAACAAAAAUGGCGUUCACGGAGGAAGUGAACAGCACAACGACGAUUAUAUCCGGCGGUCUUUUCGACUCAUCUAGGGACGAUUACUUCCGUUUAUAUGAUGCUGGUGAUGAGGACGAUGAAGCGUCCAAUUUCAUUGUGGGUAUUUGGAAUCCAUUUGCAAACCAAACAAAUAUUACAUCAAUGAGUUCAGUGCCCGAUACCUUCAAUAUUCCCCACAAUAAUGUAUCUGCGUGGGCAACAACAUCCAAUGAAUUAUUUUCCUCUGUAUCUUUAUUGCCGUCUGCUGCCGUUCCACAACCCUCAUCGACUUUAGAUUUUUUGUCAUCAUCGUCGUCAUCUGCCCCAAUAUUGCCCACUGUCAACUCAAGUGCACUCAACGGACACAACAGUAAAAGUGAAGAGGGUCAUUUGUUCACUACAAUUGCUCAAACAGUCGUAGAGUCUGCAGCGGGCAGCAGUUAUGGCGAUGAAGUCGACAUCGCUUUGAUCGAUAGCGCGGAAACAGUAUUGGAUGGCGACACCGACUAUGGAAACGUUGGUUUCAAUGGUGGUGGAGGGGUUAGAAUUGAUGCAAGUGAUACCGGUGCUAAUGAAAAUUUCAUUCGUCAAUCAAUAGCAUACAGCAGCGGAAUUGGAAAAAACGAAUCACUUCAACAGAGUUUCAAUGAAGGUAGUAGUGUUAGUAGGGGCGACGUGGGUAAUGUGGCAGGUGAUAAGACUGGAAACAGCGGUAGUUCGUUCAUGUUAUUAUUGGAGGAUUUUGGAGAAUAUUUUUAUAAUUUUAACGGGAGCACGGUUUCUGGUAUAACAACAGUAAGUAGCCCAAAUAUGACCGAUUUUGAGUACCGAAUGAACUGCACAAACUCAACAUCAUCGUCGGCAGCUUGCUAUGACAUUACUGAAGUUGAACACAAUUACUGGGCGCUCAUACUUAUAUUGUUUCCGAUCCUAACGUUAUUUGGAAAUAUUUUAGUGAUAUUGUCAGUGUGCCGCGAGCGCUCACUACAAACAGUAACGAAUUAUUUUAUAGUCUCCUUAGCGAUAGCCGAUCUAUUGGUAGCUGUAGUCGUGAUGCCAUUUGCUGUCUACGUAUUGGAUCUAGAUGAAACUGUUCCCAGUUCAUCACAUUUCAAAAAUUUUGGCAGAAUGAUGUAA